CCGCCCGCACCGCGCCCGGCCCGUAAGCCCAGGGACCCACUCGGGGAGAGCCCCAUGAGGGCAGGAGAGUGAUGGAGAGUACGCCCAGCUUCCUGAAGGACACCCCAAUCUGGGAGAAGACAGCCUCUGAGAAUGGCAUCGUGGGACAGGGGCGGGAGAUCCCGCUUGAAGAUGGACUACACCGUGGGGCGCUAUGUCUGGGAGAGCCUGCACCUUUCUGGAGGGGUGUCCUGAGCACCCCAGACUCCUGGCUUCCUUCUGGCUUUCCCCAGAGCCCCAAGGACGUCCUCCCACUGGUAGAGGGUGAAGGACCCCGGAAUGGAGAGAGAAAGGCCGGCUGGCUGGGCGGCAAGGAGGGGCUGCGUUGGAAGGAGGCAAUGCUUACCCAUCCACUAGCGUUCUGCGGGUCAGCGUGCCCACCUCGCUAUGGUCCUCUGAUUCCUGAGCACAGUGGUGGCCAUACUAAGAGUGACCCUGUGGCCUUCCGGCCCUUGCACUGCCCUUUCCUUCUGGAGACCAAGAUCCUGGAACGAGCUCCUUUCUGGGUGCCCACCUGCUUGCCACCCUACCUAGUGUCCAGCCUGCCCCCAGAGCGUCCGUGUGACUGGCCCUUGGCCCCACACCCCUGGGUGUACUCAGGGGGGCAGCCCAAAAUGCCCUCGGCCUUCAGCUUAGGUAACAAGGGCUUUUACCACAAGGAUCCGAGCAUUCUCAGGUUGGCAAAGGAGCCUUUGGCAACUGCGGAACCUGGGUUGUUGGGCUUAGCCCCCAAUGGGCAUCUCCAGAGAACUGGGGGCAUAGAACGCCCUUCACUACACCAGAGGGAUGGAGAGACAGGAGUUGGCAGGCAUGCAAAUCUUUGCCCACUUCUCCUGGGGCACCCAGACACUGUUCCUCGGGCCCCCUGGACCACUUGUCCCCCAGGCCUAGUUCAUACUCUUGGCAACUUCUGGGCUGUACCAGGGAGUGGAAGCCUCGGGUACCAACUGGGGCCAUCAGCCACACCACGAUGUCCCUCUCCUGGGCCUCCUGUCACCCAGGUGGGUUGCUGUUCCUCCCACCCACCUGCUAGGGAUGAAGGUCUGAGUUCUUGUGGAAAGUGCCAGGAGGAUGUGGACGUGGGCACCAGUGGACCCAGUGACUCGAGUGAGGAAGUGAACAAGGCCGCUGCCCCCAGAGCCUGCCCUCCCAGCCAUCACACCAAACUGAAGAAGACAUGGCUCACUCGACACUCAGAGCAGUUUGGGUGCCCAGGUGGCUGCGCUGGAGAUGAGAGCACGGCAGCCCCGCUUCGGGCUCUGAAGAGGGCAAGCAGCCCUGAGGUCCAGGGGGCAGUGGGCGGCCCAGCCUCCAAGCGCCCACCUGACCCUUUCCCAGGCCAUGCGGGGCAGGAGGCCAGAGGUUGGCAGGAGGUGCCGGAUUCGUCCUUUGGGAACAAGGUGGAGGCGGAACAGCAUGCAGAUCACAGAGGGCCCCGAGAUGGCAGGGCCGGUCUCAAGGACCCGGGACUUCAGGAUACACCUUGCUUGACAUCUCUGGCGGGCAUCACCACAUGCCAAAGCUGUGGCCAGGCAGCUGGGGAGGCGGGAGAGCUGGCAUGCCACUCCCAACAAGUGCCGAGACUGCCUCUGGGAGGAGAGCAGCAGCAGGAGGAAGACCCGGCAGUCACCUCUGAAGAGGCCCAACUCAGCAAGAGCCUCGCCAAGCACCUGCUAAGUGGUUUAGGGGAUCGACUGUGCCGUCUGCUUCGGAGGGAGCGAGAGGCUCUGGCCUGGGCCCAGCGGGAAGCAGGCCAGGGGCCAGCCAGGACAGAGGACAAUCCAGACAUUCCACACUACUGCAGCCGCUGCCACCAUGGACUCUUCAACACCCACUGGAGAUGCCCUCGCUGUGCCCACCGGCUCUGCGUGGCCUGUGGUCGAAUGCUGGGCGCUGGGAGGGCCAGGGACAGAACAGGCCCUCAGGAGCAGUCCACUGACGAGUGCACCCAGGAGGCUGGGCACAGUGUUUGCUCCCUGAUGCUCACCCAGUUCAUCUCCAGCCAGGCUUUGGCAGAACUGAGCACUGCAAUGCACCAGGUCUGGGUGAAGUUUGACAUCCGGGGACACUGCCCCUGCCAAGCUGAUGUCCGGGCGUGGGCCCCUGGGGAUGGGGGCCAGCAGAAAGAGCCAACAGAAAAAACAUCCCCAACUCCACAACCUUCCUGCCAUGGGGACACCAACAGGACCAAGGACACCAAAGAGGAGGCCCCAGACUCCACAGAGACCCCAGCAGAAGACCGUGCCAGCCGAGGGCCCUUGCCUUGCCCCUCUCUCUGUGAAUUGCUGGCCUCUACCGCUGUCAAACUCUGCUUGGGGCACGAGCGGAUACACAUGGCCUUUGCCCCUGUCACCCCGGCCCUGCCCAGCGACGACCGUAUCACCAACAUCCUGGACAGUAUCAUCGCGCAGGUAGUAGAACGAAAGAUCCAGGAGAAAGCCCUGGGGCCGGGCCUCCGGGCUGCACCUGGCCUGCGGAAGGGCCUGGGUCUGCCCCUCUCCCCUGUGCGGACCCGGUUGCCUCCCCCUGGGGCUUUGCUGUGGCUGCAGGAGCCCAGGCCCCGGCGUGGCUUCCACCUCUUCCAGGAACACUGGAGGCAGGGCCAGCCUGUGUUGGUGUCAGGGAUUCAGAGGACAUUAAAAGGCAACCUGUGGGGGACAGAAGCCCUUGGGGUCCUUGGAGGUCAGGUGCAGGUGUUGACCCCCCUCGGGCCUCCACAGCCCACAAGCCUUGGCAGUGAAACCUUCUGGGAGGGAUUCUCUCGGCCAGAAACUCGCCCCAAGUCCGAAGAAGGCUCUGUCCUCCUGCUGCACAGAGAUCUGGGGGAAGAGGACUCCAGCAGGGUGGAGAAUCUGGCUGCCAGCCUGCCGCUCCCGGAGUACUGUGCCCGCCAAGGGAAACUCAACCUGGCUUCCUACCUCCCACCGGGCCCUGUCCUGCGUCCACUGGAGCCCCAGCUGUGGGCAGCCUACGGUGUGAACCCACACCGUGGGCACCAGGGCAUCAAGAACCUCUGUGUGGAGGUGACUGACCUGGUUAGCGUCCUGGUAUGUGCUGAAGCGCCUCUGCCUGCCUGGCACCGGGCACAGAAAGACUUCCUCUCCGGCCUAGAUGGGGAGGGGCUCUGGUCUCCAGGCAGCCAGGUCAGCACCGUGUGGCACGUGUUCAGGGCACAGGACGCCCAGCGCAUCCGCCGCUUUCUCCAGAUGGUGUGCCCGGCUGGGGCUGGCAACCUGGAGCCUGGUGCCCCGGGCAGCUGCUACCUGGAUGCAGGGCUGAGGCGGCGCCUGCGUGAGGAGUGGGGCGUGAGCUGCUGGACCCUGCUGCAGGCCCCCGGAGAGGCUGUGCUGGUGCCUGCCGGGGCUCCCCACCAGGUGCAGGGCCUGGUAAGCACAGUGAGUGUCACUCAGCACUUCCUGUCCCCUGAGACCUCUGCCCUCUCCGCUCAGCUCUGCCACCAGGGACCCAAUUUGCCUCCUGACCACCGCCUGCUCUAUGCCCAGAUGGACUGGGCCGUGUUCCAAGCAGUGAAGGUGGCUGUGGGAACACUACAGGAGGCCAAAUAGGGGGUCUCAGGUCUGUGGGCUAGAGGCGGGGGGCAGGUAGACCAGGAACUCAGCCCAGUACAGCUUCAGCAGAGAAUGCCUCUGGGUUUGGAAACUUCCAGUCAAUCCCACAAGCACCACUCUGGGCACAAGCAGGGCACUCCAUUCCCCUGCCCUGACCUGGACCCUAAAACCAAGUGCCACUGAAGCUCACACCUGCCCUUCACAGGCUGACACCUGCUCUGCCUACACCCCUCUCUGUGGCACCAGGCCCACAUUGGGGGUGGUUGAUUCCCACCCCUGCCCCUUACAACCUAGGAGACAAAGAGCCCUUCCUUGGGAACGUGGGAAUCAUUCUGCAACAACUUUUUCUGCUGCCCCCUCAGGCUGUCCCCCUGUACCCCAGCUCCGCUUACACCACCUGCAUCCUCACAGGGCUCCCGGGAGACCCCACACACCGCAGGGUGCUGGAUAAGGGGCCAAGAAAAUCCUGCCCUUUGACCAGAGAACUGUGCAGUGAGGGGAGGGGGUGUCAGGAGACUCCCCAGGUCUGGCCUGACUUGGGGAUGACACGGGCAAUUCCAGCUGUCCCUGCUCCUCCCGUCCUGCGCCUCCCUCCUUCGUGAUUUCCAUUAAAGUCUGUUGU